AUCAAUAACUCCUCCCUUUGUCCUUCACAUUAGUGAAUAAUGGCCGACAGAGACAAGUACUCUGUUCUAUUGCCAACAUAUAACGAGAGAGAAAACCUCCCGAUCAUCAUAUGGCUUUUGGUAAAGUACUUCAAUGAAAGUGGCUACGAUUAUGAAAUAAUAGUGAUUGAUGAUGGCAGUCCCGACAAAACCUUAGAUGUAGCAAAACAACUGCAGAAGAUUUAUGGCAGCGAAAAAAUUGUGCUACGCCCCAGAGAGAAAAAACUUGGACUAGGUACUGCAUACAUUCAUGGAAUAAAACAUGCAACAGGAAAUUUCAUCAUAAUAAUGGAUGCAGAUCUAUCUCAUCAUCCAAAAUUCAUUCCAGAAUUCAUUCAGAAGCAGAAAGAAGGAAAUUUUGAUGUGGUUUCAGGGACAAGAUACAUAGGAGAUGGGGGUGUGGCUGGGUGGGACUUUCGUAGAAAACUGGUCAGUCGUGGUGCAAACUAUAUAACACAAAUCUUGCUGAGACCAGGAGCCUCAGAUCUUACAGGGAGUUUUAGAUUGUACAAAAAAGAGGUUUUACAGAAGUUGGUCAACUCCUGUAUUUCCAGAGGCUAUGUGUUCCAGAUGGAGAUGAUAAUUAGAGCCAGGCAAUUUGGUUAUACGAUUGGAGAGGUUCCAAUUUCCUUUGUUGACAGAGUGUAUGGAGAGUCUAAGCUGGGUGGAAGUGAAAUUAUUCAGUUUCUUAAAGGACUCUUGUAUCUCUUUGCAACAACUUAGCUGUAUUUCAUCUCACUCAGUCAUAUAUAUACACAGAAUAAACAUUGUUAUCGUUAUAAA